AUGUCCAGCUCAAGUACUUGUACAGUGGGUAUUACAACUAUUCAACAUGAAGAAUUGGAGGAAAUAAGCAAUGAAUCAAUAGGGAAUGGAGUUUUUGGCAAUUGCUUCCAUAAAAAAUUCAUUAGAUUAGGAAUAACAGUUGUUGAAAAGCAGUUGACUGACAGCACUGCUGAUAUGCUAUAUAAAGAAGCAAUAUUUUUGCCAAAAUUGUCACACGUAUGUAUUCCAUUGUUACUUGGGGGUGCAACUAGACAAAAAGCCAAUCUCCCUGAUAAUGCAAUUUGUUGGGGAGAACAGUCAGUCUAUAACAGUGUUCAAGUUGCUAUUUGA